AUGACCAUGUUUUGGAGAAGGUUAUUCUUUUUUAUUAUUUAGAUCUUCGCCAGUUCAUGUCCAAACAUGUUCGCGAACGUGGAACCUUAUGUGUCGCGACAGAUACUUAUUACGGCUUGUUUAAACUUAGGACAAAUAUUAAUCGGCUAUGAGAUAUACUGGACGGGUCCUGUCAUCCCCAAGCUUCAGAAUAUCGAAGAAACACCUCUUACACGCGUCAUAUCCGCGACUGAAGCGUCCUUGGUCGCUUCUGUACUAUGCUCUGGAGCUGUUGGAUCUUUCAUCGCCGGCUACGGAGCAAACCGGAUCGGCCGUCGAGCAUGUCUCACUCUUGGAGGAAUCUUCAUCAUCAUCUCACACCUGAUCCUGAACUUCCCCGCUUCACUAGGCAUGAUUUACGCCGGAAGAAUUUGUAUAGGAGCCAGCAUAACUUUCUUAUCAUUAAUAACUCUUAUAUAUCUUGGAGAAAUAGCGUCCCCAAACAUACGCGGAAUGUUGAUGUCAUCGACGAGCAUUUUCCAUUCGUUGGGAGGUUUUCUAGUAUACUGCGUCGGUCCUUACGUCUCCUACACUGAAGUUGGCUACGUACUUAUCAGCAUAUGUGUUGUUUACGUCGCUACUAGCUUCUUUCUUCCGGAAUCACCCUUGUACUACGUCAUAAAAGGUAAUGAAAGGGCAGCAGAAGAUUCCCUCCGCAAAUUAGGCAGAAGUAAUGAUAUCAACAUAGAACUGAAGAAGAUGAUGGGACAAGUGCUCGAAACUAAAAGCAAUGCCUAUCUCUGGAAGGAGCUGUUCACUGACAAAGGCAACAGAAGAGCUCUCUGCGUCACAAUACCUUUAUACAUAUUUCAACAAUCCAGUGGAGUCAUAGCUGUCAUAUUCUUUGCUACGACAAUAUUCAAAGACGCUGGUUCGUCGAUAGAGCCCCACAUAGCUACCAUGAUAAUUGGAGCCACGUCAUUACUCAGUUCAAUAUUCUCUCCAAUGUUUAUAGAUAAACACGGCAGGAAGAUAUUACUCAUCGUCUCAACGGCUGGAUGCUGUGUAUCAAUGACUGUUCUAGGAGUAUACUUUUACCUGGAUUACAUAGGCGACUCGUCAGUUCUGUGGCUGGGAUGGCUGCCUCUAUUGUGUUUAGUUUCUUCUUUAUUUUUCUACGGCAUUGGUCUCACCAUAAUCCCAAACACUUUAACCGGCGAAAUGUUUAGUCCUUCUGUACGUGGACUUGGAUCCUCCAUAACUCUCUGCGUGGGAUUCAUUUCUGGGUUAAUUUCUACCACUAUUUUUGGCUACAUUGUAGAAGCAAUUGGAAUCUACGCUACGUUCUGGAUCUACGCAGCUGUAAACGCGAUUGGUUUGAUUUUUGUUGUUAUCGUCGUUCCUGAAACUAAAGGAAAGACUUUAAUUGAAAUUGGGAAUAUGAUGGAAAAAUAAUUUUGAAGGAAUCAUACUAUCUCUACAAGGAUUUGUUAUGUAGUAAAGAAGGUGUAUUUGCAAAUACCAUUACAUUUUAUAUAUUGGAUAAAUUAAAAAGCAAAAAUCCUGCUAAUGAACAAGAGACCUUGUUUGAUACUUUUAGAAGUUUCCCUAUUAACCGCUGGAUGGAUUUGAAUUAGAUUUUGAUACUUAGAUGGUUCAAGUCGUAAAUAGGGUUUAAACGCGAGCACGACUGCUUACCAAAGUUGAUAAGUAAAUAGAUUCUCAACCUAAAUUACUAUCAUUUUAGAAACAUAAGACGUAUUAUUGAAAGGCUAUUGAUAAAGCUUUUUCCAUUAUCGUAAAAAGUAACAUGUCACUGACUGUACUAUCAGGCUGUCGAAACAGUAGAUGAUAAAAUAUUUAACAAAAAAUUAAACCACCUUUUUUUGCUUUUUGCAUAAAUAAAUAACCUCCGCUUUGCUGAAGACCUGGGGUCCUAAGCAAGAUGCCAUUUUACAAUCGUUGAAACUAGUAAAAAACAGCAAAAGUAUAUGGGAAUGGCGUUUCGAAUCGAUAAGUCUAUUUCUAGGAUGGCUUUUCUUAAAUAACGUUAGCGAUAACGAUUGUAAAAAGGUAUCUUGGCUACGGUCCCUGGUCGUAGACAUGUGGGCAACAGCUCAAGAUUUACGAUAAGAUUUAUGAUGAAUAAGGAUAGAAGGAGACAAAUAUAGAUGAAUUCAAUGGA